CCCGCGGGUCACACUGCUUAGAAUUCGGUUUGCAAGCGAAACAAAAUAACAAAUAAACAAUUAGUGCAGCGAUAUUGGCUACUUGCAAUUACGUGGACCAAAGCGUGGGCGGCAUCGGUGAAUCGUGAUCUAUUCUAACCAAACAAUUUUCGGCCCAGGAAAACCCAAUCAAGAAUACCCCGCACACACACAUGCAGCCGCACACAGGAGACAACAACCACACACACAGGCGCAAGUUGUAGGAGCACCAGAGGAAGAAGAAGAAGAAGAAGAACGACAGCUCCCCGAGGUGGUGAAGGUCACUCAGAGGGAGGAAUACACCGCUGAGGAGGCGGAGGAGGAGCACAAGGAGCACACACACUCAGCCACUAAAUGGCCGAUGGAAAUGGGCUGCCAACGGGUGCAGCUUCCGGCGUCAUGGAGCUCGGUCAGACAGUGAAUGGAGCUGGAACCGCCAGCCCCACGCCCACCUCCAGUUCGGGGGCGGGGGCUAGUGGGAGUGCCAAUCAAGGAUAUCAUCAAUUAAGCGUGACAAUUGAGGGAGCUUCGCUGCGCAACAAUGGCUUCCUCAAGCCGAAUCCCUACGUGGAACUUCUGAUCGACAGCAAGAGUAAGCGGAAGACGGACUUGGUCAAGAACAGCUAUCUACCGAAGUGGAACGAGGAGUUCACAGUGCUGAUAACACCCAACUCCACACUGCACUUCAAGGUGCUGGAUCACUCCAGUUUCCGUAAAGAUGCCAUGCUGGGAGAGCGGAUCAUUAACCUGGCGCACAUCCUGCAGCACUACAAUGGACGGUGCGAGUUCCUCGAGCUGUCCAUAGACCUGUUUGUCACUAGCAAGUCCGACAAUCGCCAGACGAAGAGCGGCGAGCUGGUGGCCAUCCUCAAUGGCCUCAAACUGGACAUGAGCAAGCUGCAGAUUCAAACAGCGGGCGUCCAACAGAACGGCAAUCCACCCGUCCAGGCUGUCAAUCCGUCGGUGGUCAGUGAAGCGGCCGCAGGACACAGUUGCACGAUUUACGGUGGCGUGCGAGCGCGGAUGCGACUUCGCUCGGCAAGCGGCAACAGCAAUGGUGGAGAAAGCAGCUCUCCCUUGCCGAACGGAGGAGCGGAUCACAGGAGAUCUGCGCCAGCUCCGCCCGUGUGGGAGCAGCAACAACAAUCCCCGAAUCAACCGCAACCCCUAAGAAUGGUCAAUGGCAGUGGGGCGGCUGUGCCGCAAACAGCACCGUAUCCCCAGCAGCCUCCAGCACCCGCACUUGCACGUCCUCUAACCCAAGUGUAUGGAGCGCUGCCAGAGAACACUCCGCCAUCUGGUGUUUAUCUGCCAGCAGGAGGAGGAGCGGCUGUCGCAGCAACUGGAGUUUCAGGCCCACCCAUGGAGCAGUCCGGAGUGGGACUGCCCGUGAGCCAGAGCACAGAUCCGCAACUGCAAACACAACCGGCUGAUGAUGAACCCUUGCCGGCUGGCUGGGAGAUCCGGCUGGAUCAGUAUGGACGGAGAUACUAUGUGGAUCACAACACACGAUCCACCUACUGGGAGAAACCGACGCCACUGCCUCCGGGUUGGGAGAUCAGGAAAGAUGGACGCGGUCGAGUUUACUACGUGGAUCACAACACUAGGAAGACCACCUGGCAGAGACCGAAUAGCGAGCGUUUGAUGCACUUCCAGCACUGGCAGGGUCAGAGAGCUCACGUUGUUUCGCAGGGCAACCAGCGAUACCUGUACUCCCAGCAACAACAGCAGCCAACGGCAGUGACCGCCCAGGUGACGCAGGACGACGAGGAUGCACUGGGAGCGCUGCCAGAUGGAUGGGAAAAGAAGAUCCAAUCGGACAACCGAGUGUACUUUGUUAACCACAAAAACCGAACCACCCAGUGGGAGGAUCCACGUACUCAAGGGCAGGAGGUGAGCCUAAUCAACGAGGGCCCGCUACCACCCGGUUGGGAAAUUCGCUACACAGCAGCCGGCGAGCGCUUCUUUGUGGACCACAAUACGCGACGCACCACCUUUGAGGAUCCGCGACCAGGAGCACCUAAGGGCGCCAAGGGGGUGUACGGAGUUCCACGCGCCUACGAACGCAGUUUCCGCUGGAAACUCUCGCAGUUCCGUUACUUGUGCCAGAGCAACGCUUUGCCAUCGCACAUCAAGAUCACGGUGACGAGACAAACCUUGUUCGAAGAUUCCUACCACCAGAUCAUGCGCCUGCCCGCCUACGAAUUGCGGAGGAGGCUCUAUAUAAUAUUCCGUGGCGAGGAGGGACUGGAUUAUGGCGGUGUAUCCCGCGAGUGGUUCUUCCUGCUCUCCCACGAGGUCCUGAAUCCCAUGUACUGUCUGUUCGAGUACGCAAACAAGAACAACUACAGCCUGCAGAUAAAUCCCGCCUCAUACGUCAAUCCCGAUCACCUGCAGUACUUCAAGUUCAUUGGUCGCUUCAUUGCGAUGGCCUUGUAUCAUGGACGAUUUAUCUACAGUGGAUUCACAAUGCCGUUUUACAAACGCAUGUUAAACAAGAAGUUGACCAUCAAGGACAUCGAGACGAUCGAUCCGGAGUUCUACAACUCCCUUAUCUGGGUGAAGGAUAAUAACAUCGAUGAGUGCGGCUUGGAGCUGUGGUUCAGCGUGGAUUUCGAAGUCCUCGGCCAGAUAAUCCAUCACGAGUUGAAGGAAAACGGCGAGAAAGAACGCGUGAAUGAGGAGAACAAGGAGGAGUACAUCACGCUGAUGACAGAGUGGCGGAUGACGCGUGGCAUUGAGCAGCAGACGAAGACGUUCCUGGAGGGCUUCAAUGAGGUGGUGCCUCUGGAGUGGCUCAAGUACUUCGAUGAGCGCGAACUAGAGCUGAUCCUGUGCGGCAUGCAGGACGUGGACGUGGAGGACUGGCAGCGCAACACUAUUUACAGGCACUACAACCGCAACUCCAAGCAGGUCGUCUGGUUCUGGCAGUUUGUUCGCGAGACGGAUAACGAGAAACGGGCACGCCUGCUGCAGUUUGUGACGGGAACAUGCCGAGUGCCAGUCGGAGGAUUUGCCGAGCUGAUGGGCUCCAACGGGCCACAGCGCUUCUGCAUCGAGAAAGUGGGCAAGGAGACGUGGUUGCCGCGCUCGCACACCUGCUUUAAUCGAUUGGACCUGCCGCCGUACAAGAGCUACGAUCAGCUGGUGGAAAAGCUGACCUUUGCCAUCGAGGAGACUGAGGGCUUCUGCCAGGAAUGAGUGGCAGUCGAUUUGUGGUCGGUUUGUUGAUUAAUGUUUAAUUCCAGUUGAGCGCCUGCGUUACCGUCCCCGUCCCCACCUCCCCCUCCCUAUCCCCAUUCCCCUCCCCAGUUCCCACUACCCAUUCCCAUUCGACGACCACGUUGCGUUAAAUAGUUACUGUUAUUAUUAUUACAUACGUAUGUAUUACUACUGUAUACUGUAAACACAAAACACACACUUUUGUCUGUCUAUUCCUAUGUUCGCCACCAAGUGCGAAAUUUGUAAACGAUAUAUGUAUGAAUGUAUUGAGCGCCUAUUUUAGAGUUAUUUAUAAUUGGUUAGACAUAAUUUCAUAAUUCCUCUUUGUAAAUUUCAAACAUAAUUUCAACAAUUCGUUUCUGUUAAUCCUCUUUUACCUCUCUAUCUUCAAUUGUAAUUUUCGAUACAUUUUUUCCGUCUGUAUUUUUUACGCCGAUAAAUAAAACCACCUGCAAGUUCAGCUAA